AUGAAUGGUGUGGCGGCAUUGAAGCAACGGCAGCAGCCCGGACCAUCAACAGCAGAUUGGGCGAGGGCUCCACUACGAUCGGAACUGUCAAGCGCUGGUUUGUUUACUUCGCAUGCGGAGGCACUGACUUCAAAGACAAGCCCAGGUCGGGAAACCCCUACUCUGUCGAAGACUCCACCAUUCUCGACGCUGUCAAAGAGGAUCCGGAGGUCAACACCCACAGUCUUGCGACGAGACUCGGGUGUAGCUGUUCAACAAAUGUCAGUUGCCUCCAGGCUCUCGGCUGCAGAAAAGUGCUGGCUCGAUGGAUCCCUCACACCUCUCCUUCUUUGA